AUGACCUCUAAUUGGGAGUUAUCAGAUCCUCUAUGCGAUAGCAUUGUGUUUCGAGUAUUGAAUUAUGUUCUUCCUUCCUAUGGAAUCGUGUUUCUUUACAACAUCUCCAUAACGAAGGGACUCUGCAGUAACUGUGGUCAAAACGAAUUUCGCUGUCACAUAAAUCGUGCUGAAUGUGUUCCAUUAUCAAAAGUUUGCGAUCUUCAACCAGACUGUCUGAACGGCGAGGACGAAAAAGAGUGUGAUUUGAUUGACUUGUGGUCACACUGUUCAGAAAACUUAUUCAGUACAUCUGGCCUUAUUAAAGGUCAACAAGAGAACAGUUCGGAUGGGAACAACACAUUGCCUGUUUUGCAGUUGUCUAGACUAAAUAUCUGUUAUGAUGGAGACCAAUGUCAAUAUGACCCUUCAUACUCAUGUUCCCUUCGAUGCCCAAUUAACUGUACUUGUUCUGGUCUCUCUUUCAUUUGCUCCUCAGAAAACGCACCGUAUUUUGCAACCUCUAUUACUUUUACUGGUCUUGAGCAAAGGGCCUUGGUGAUUAGUGGAUAUUAUGUCAAUUUAAAAGAAUUAAGAGUUGUUCACUGUAAAUUACAGUAUCUAAACAUCACUUCCACGUCAUUGAUAGAAACAUUAUUCAUUAGUCACAGUUCGAUUGGUUUUUCUUUAACUAAUGAUGAAAAAAAUAAACUUCGAUUUGUACGUAUUUUUAAGAGUACGUUUGACACAAUGAGGUUCAUCCGCGAAGAAGAUCAUACCUUUAAUUUCUACGUUCGAAAGAGCAAAGUAAAAUCGACAAAUAAGAAAGACAUCUAUCGCUUGGGUGGCUUACAUGUAGAUGUGGACAUUUCCGAGAGUGAAGGUUUUCCUUUUAUUAUAGGAUCAAUUCUUAAUAAUCCUGUAGUUAAUUUUAGUUCCUGCAAUUUAAAUAUCCAACCUGAUUCCUACAUAGAAACAGUAAAUCUUGAUCUUAGUCAUAAUUUUCUAACAAAGUGGCAUAUGACAUCCAUAGUUCAAAUUGUGCAUCUCCAAGGAAAUUUACUUGAAUCUAUUAAUUGUACAUUUGAUUUUAAGCGAUCUGAAUCUUAUUUACAAUACCUGGAUCUCUCGUUUAAUUAUCUUUCAGAAAUAAAGGAAGACGAUUUCAUAGAUUUUCCCAAUAUUUUAUACUUAAAACUUCGGAAUAAUCGUAUUAGUGAUAUUCAUGAAAAUGCUUUUUCGGUCAUUUCAAAAAUCAUUUAUCUAGAUUUGUCAAAUAAUAAUCUUCGUUUACUGACACAGAAACAUUUUCUUAUUCUAUCAAGUUUACAAUAUCUGUAUUUACACAAAAACAAAAUAAAAAUUUUAGACGGAAUGUUUGACGGCCUGUUAGGUAUUCAGUAUCUUCAAGUGGAAUCAUUCACGCUUUGUUGUGCUAAACCAAAGACUGAGCACAAAAGUGUUUGUUCAGCCCCAGUAAAUGAGAUAUCUUCUUGCUCUAAUUUGAUUGACACCCCACUUCUCAGAAUCAUUAUUUGGUACAUGGCCCUUUUUUCUGUAUUUGGAAACUUAUUCGGACUACUUUAUAGGUUCCUUGUUUUGCAGAAAAAGAAAAUAACAUCAUUUGAUAUUUAUUCUAUGAACCUUGGAUUAGCAGACUUUUUAAUGGGAGUGUAUCUCUAUAUAAUAGCUAUUGCUGAUUUAAUAUUCAAUGGCCAAUAUGCUUUUGAAGACGAAUCAUGGAGGCAUACACCUCAGUGUACUUUUGCUGGUGUUUUGGCAACAACUUCUAGCGAGGCAUCUGCUCUUUUUGUUCUAAUCAUUACAAUAGAUCGUAUCUUAGUCAUUCGAUUUCCGUUUUCAAUAUUAGAAAAAAAUCGACUUACUGCAAAAGUUGUUUCCCUUCUAGUUUGGACAGUUUCUCUUUUGUUAUCCCUUCUGCCUUUGUUUGGAAAUCAGUACUUUGACGACUAUUAUUCUAGUUCUGGUAUUUGUAUUUCUUUACCUCUAUCCGUUCUACGUAAACCUGGAUGGGAAUACUCAAUGGUGAUCUUCGUCGGAGCGAAUUUCAUCAUUUUCAUUGCUAUACUAGUGGGACAAUUCAUCAUUUUCAUUGAUGUUGUUCGAAUGAGAAAACGGGUGAACUUAAAAUGCACUUCACAAAAGAAGAGAGAAAUCAGUUUGGCUAAAACCCUUAUAAUGGUGGCAGUUACAGAUAUGCUGUGCUGGAUCCCUAUCGGAGUAAUUGGUUUUCUGACGUUUGUUGGUAUUGAUGUCACAACUAAAGCGUAUGCCUGGGUCAUAGUCGUGGUUCUUCCUAUUAAUUCAGCGCUCAAUCCAAUAAUCUACACUUUUUCAGCAAUCUUGAGACACAGGUUCCAGAAGGCAGGACAAACAAAUGGUCAUAAUUCAAAGCAGAAGAUGGACUCCCAGAGUACUGUGAAGGAACAAAGCGUUCAAACAACAUGAACAUAUCUAAGUAAAUAAAUAAGUCAAAUGACUUAAAAUAAUUUAA